AUUUUAAGUAACAGAGUGAACUAUGGAAAAAAAACAAGAAUCUUUAUUGAUCGGUAUAAAUACGUACUUUCUAGUAGAUUUUCCCGGUCAUAUGCAUCUUAGAUUCUAUCUGGAUCACUUAGGUACAAUCAAUGAAAUUUUGCCCGCUCCCAGAAUAAAAACGUGGGCGUUGAAUCUGCACAGUAGGACAAUAUUUACGCGCGCUAUUUCAUGUGACACUUCACAAUACUUAUGUUUAUUUAUAUUUUCUUUUUGACUUCGCAGAUUAUUACACUCCUUUAGUGACAUUGCUUUUAUUAAUCGAUAGCUUGGUUUAAAAUAGCUAUGUGACGUAUUUUUUCCCAGAAAAAUAUAUUUAUAAAUUGUCAGCACUGUUGUUGAAGAAGCGUAACAUUUGAAAUGGGGAAAUAAUGAGCUGAUAUUAAGUGUUAUAAGAAACGGAGUGUCUGAAUGUUGUAUGUAAAUGCAUUGAACAAAAGCAUAAACAGGAAAAACGACUAUUAUUAAUGAUGGAAGAUUGGUUGUUCGGAGGUGGUGAUGAGGCUUAUGAUAAGGAAAUGGUGCUGCAGUUUACAGAUAGUUCUAAUACAUGGAUGACUUUACCAGAAGAACGCGGGAUUUCUUUAAGUAUUGAUGAUUUAAAGGCAAGUUUAGACCCAGUAUUGGUAGCUAUGGUAUUACAUCACGAUCAACUUCUGCCAGAAUCUACAUAUAACGUUGUUAUGCGUAUGUUUCAAAAAGGAAUUAAAAGAGAAAACAUUUGCGAAUAUCUGAUCAAACAAUUGCCAUCUACUGUUAGGUUACAAAAUUUGACAAAAGUUCUUGAUAGAUGUGGUUAUACAGACUUGUCAGCAAAGCUUGUAUUUAACUCAUUUAAAUGGAAUAGUGCAUACACAUGCGUGUCCAAUCCAUCAAAUGGUUCCAUCCCAAGUGCUAACCGGCUUUACACUAACUUAAAACGUUUGGUAAACAACGCACAACUGAGUAAACCAAGGCGUUUCCUAAGGAAAAUGGCAAACAGAUGCUACUUGACUAUGACAAAAGAAAUGGACCCUCGCCGUAAACAGACCCUUGCUGACCAAUGCAUAGCGAUCAUUGGCGCAGAGACGGACACUAUUGCCAUAACAUUUGAUAAAACAUUAUGCAGACAUGUUUUAUUUACACAGAUGAAACAUAUCAGUCGGGAGACCAGUAAUACAUUGAUUUCCGAUUUAGUUUAUUAUGGCCGUCUCGCGAAUGCUUACGCAAUUGCCGGUGAUUACAAAAUGUGUGAGCAAAUUCUUCAUGGAGCAAAAUGCAAAGCCUAUAUCACCGGUCCUUGUAUUGAAUUUGUCAAUUUAGUAUACAUAAUUGCUUACGUGACUCUAUGGCAAUUUGAAAAAUACCCUACCGCGGAAUAUAGAUCUAAUUUGCUAAUGUGGGGAAGAAUUGGUCUGAAAUGUGUAGAGGAAGACUUUGUUGACAAUAAAAAUCAAUGGAGACGAAAUUUGCUAUUAAGAAUGAUUCUGUGCCUUUUAGGGCUAGGUAACAGGGCAACUGUGAUUGAGGAUUGUCCCAUAGACGAAUCUUCCAUUACGGAGGCUAAAUUAUUACUUGCAGAAUUUGACAAAUAUUGGGACGGCAUAGAAACAAGAAGGAAGAUGUUUUAUUAUGUUGCAAAAGCGAGACUUUGCGAACUUGAAAAACGCCCCCUGGAUUGUUUACAGUAUCUGAGAAUAGCGUUCAUACUAUCGAUGAAAGGAAAUUUUGAAGAAAUAAGGUUCAUUUCAGCGUAUUAUAAUAAUGUGGAAGAAAUUGGGCGUUAUCCUGAAUUUUGCAGACGAAUAUACAUGAAACACGCCGAUCAGAUCCAAGUUAAUCCUCCUGAAAACCUGGCACAAGGAACGAUUGACCAUGAAUUAGUAAGAAAGGAAGUUCACUUCGACAGAACCUUAAAUCAAAACUUUACUGUUAUCAGGACACAAGAUAUCAAAGAAUCCUGUCAGGUAUCUUCCUCGCUGCAAUCAAAAAGGAGAAUUCAACCUAUCGGAUGCUCAAAUGUAUCACAAAAUACAUCAUUUUUCAAUAUUCAACUAACAACGGAACAACAGAAGAAGGCAUAUUCAAUCAUGACUAAAUGCUGUGAGGAUGACAGUUAUUUCCCGUCCUCAGAAAGAUCCCCGCCGUCAGGGGAUUCUCAACCAGGUAGUCCAGUUGAUCCAUAUAGAAACCACGGAAACGAUACGCAAUUAGAAUAUGCUGCAAGAACACGCGAAGCGGACUGUAAAAAUAAAAAUAUUGAAACAAAUGACAGAGACCAAGCCAAUAAAAUUAUCGAUGGUGAAUAUCCCGGAAUAAACAAUUAUGGCAAUUUGGAGAAAGAACACGGAACGGGUCAAAUAAAAGAUAAUAACACUGAAAGCUUGGGAUAUUCGGGCGAAGCAUUUCCUACAUAUGAUAGGAAUGCAAUAAGCUAAAUUACUUUGAACCCUUCAAGUAUGUUGAAACAAACGCCUGUUCAGCUAGCCUGCUAAAGAGGAGUUACAGGACCAUUAGCCGAAUGGGUUUCUCUCUGAUACAGUGACCUUGUGUUUGACCUUUACGUCGCAAUGUUCAAAGAAUGAGUUCCCUUACGGAAAUAUUAAAGUUUGCCGCGAACACUUGCUGCGAUCAUGCCGCGAAUAUCCGGCGAACAUGUCGCGAACACUUUUGAUUCAAUUGGUAUAAUUGUUCGCGGGAUGUUCGUUUGGUGUUCACUUUUCACAUGCUAUUAGUUUUGCCGCGAACAAGUUGCCGCGAACUUCCCGCGAACAAGUAGCUGUGAACUUCCCGCGAACAAGUUGCUGCGAUCAUCGCGCGAACUAGUUGCUGCGAACAUCCCGCGAACUAGUUGCUGGGAACAUGCCGCGAACUAGCUGAAAACCAUCUUUACAGAAAUUGUGUACAAAAAAGCAUGUACAGAAAAAGUGCAAAAACAAAUGAAUUAGUAGGAAUCAGGAAUAUAAAUUUACUGAAUAAACUUGAACGCUGAGGUUGUAACAAAUCCAAAUUGUCAAUGUCUGAACUUUUUCAUAUCAUAUUUGGAGCAUUUUAAACAAAGUUUUAAUGAUAUGAUAUGUUUGAAUUUUAACUGUUACUUGUCAUUUCAAUAAAAGUGUCUGAGUGCAUGUAUUCAUUUCAUCCCGAUGUUUUUCUUCACACUGCUUAUAAGUUAUAUGUAUCACUACAAAUCUAUCAUAGUUUUACAUGUUAAUUGUCAGACUUAAGAAGCUUAAAAAUUGUCAAAAUAAGCGUUUUAUAUUUCUUUUUAGAUAAUCUGAUACAGCUCUGCAAAAGGUUAAGCAUAUCUAUUUCAUUUUCAAAAUUCCUUAUGUUUACUGAGAUAUAUGAGUAUACUGUAGAUAUUAAACAUAAAUUUUCUGACUUACAACAAAAAAGUAUAUAUUCCUAUCAGCCUGUAAGAAUCACUCAUGAAAACUGUCUGUAAUGCACACAGCUUUUCUAAACAUGUCCAGAAUAUCUGGUUGUAAUUAACUUAUCAGACUCAUACUGUGACCUUACAGAUAAUGUUACAAAUUAAUUGAUCUACAAUUACCUGCCCUUAUAAAAGCUCUUCAGUAACAGUUUACCAAAAUAUUAUAAUCUUCUAAGUUCUUCUUGCGAACAUGCCGCGAUCAUUGCUCUUCCUGCGAAUAUCCCGCGAACUAGUAUCAAACCAAUCGCGGCAUGAUCGCGGUAGCAGCGAAUAUCCCGCGAAUACUUCCUGCGAAUAGGUAUGUUCGCGGCAUGUUCGCGACAUGUUCGCAGCUUUUUGACCAUUUCGUAAGGGUUGCGACGUAAAGGUCAAACACGUCUGAUUUAUAUAUGAAUUUUGAUAUUCCUAUUCCGUGUAAGGAUUUUGGAGAAUUUCUUUAUAUAGUGAAAUCCAAAUAUGUGAGUUAUACAACAUUCUGCAUUUGUUGGAGCUUUCUGAAUUUUGGGUAGAUCUAUAUAUUAAGAAUCGUUUUUGAUUUUAUGUCUAAAACUAUUUUCUUAUAGAAAAUGAAAAAAUUGAAAAGUA